CUUAGCCCCACCCAAUACAGGAAGAGCCGCUUGGUUAGCGGCAAUCCGAGGAGGGGUACCUUUAAUAAACUGCGACGUUAAAAUACUCGAGUUUUCUAGGAUGAAACAAAGCCUUCCUUCUUUUGAAGACGGUGUCUGGCGGUGGUGAAGUUCCCAAUAAAUUUGUAGCAGUGAUAGUUUCUCUAUGGUUAGGUUAUGAAGGAGUAGCUGUGUCAUAACGCUUUGUUAUUGUUGUUGACGAGUUUAGCAUGUCUAAGGAGGCAGACCACCUCGAGGUUGGAGAAGAGAAGGAGUCGAAGGAGGAGAGGACACAGGAUGCUUCUGAAGAGACAGUGAGGAAAAGGGUCCGAGCAAAUACCCCGAGCCCGCACAGAGGAAACACUCCUCAAGCCAGCCCUCCCAGGUUUGUCUCAGUAGAGGAGCUGAUGGAGACAGCUAAAGGAGUCACCAACAUGGCUUUGGCCCAUGAAAUAAUGGUCAACCAUGCUUUUCAAGUCAAACCUGCAGAGCUCCCUGAAGGGAGUUUAGAACGCAGAGUGAAGGAGAUCAUGCACAAAGCAUUCUGGGAUUGUUUGGAAGCUCAAUUGAAGGAGGAUCCGCCAACGUAUGCACAUGCCAUCAAACUGCUGGCUGAGAUCAAAGAGACGCUGCUGUCUUUCUUGCUGCCCGGCCACGGUCGUCUGCGCUCCCGUAUCGAGGAGGUUCUGGACCUGCCUCUGAUCCAGCAGCAGGCGGAGAAUGGAGCGCUCGACAUCAGUCGGCUGUCCCAGUUUAUCGUUGGUAUGAUGGGCUCUCUGUGCGCCCCCUGUAGAGAUGAGGACAUCAGUAAGCUAAAAGAGAUCACCGAGGUUGUGCCUCUGCUCAAGGCAAUAUUCUCUGUGCUGGACCUGAUGAAGGUGGACAUGGCAAACUUUGCAGUCAGCAGCAUCAGGCCUCAUCUGAUGCAGCAAUCAGUUGAGUAUGAGAGAAGCAAGUUCCAGGAGUUUCUGGAGAAACAACCCAAUGCCUUAGACUACACUGAGAAGUGGCUUGAGGACACAGUGAGAUCCCUGAGAGAGGCCGGGGCGGAUGGCUCUAAUGCUGCGUCCUCUGACCCUCCCUCACUCCUCCCCCUUAAUGUCCAUAAUCAUGCCUACCUGCGCCUGCUGAGAUGGGACCACGCCUCAGACCCUUUCCCAGAGACAGUGUUGAUGGACCAGGUUCGGUUCCAGGAGAUGCAGCAGGAGGCUGAGAAGUUAGUUCUGCUCUCCUCUGUGCUCCUCGUUGUCUACAGUACUACAGGGGAGGCUAUUUCAGGCCUGCCGGGCUUGAUGGAGUCUCUUAAGAACACUGUCAAUAUCAUGCUUGCAGACAUGCAUACACCGUCUUUCAUCGUACAGGAGGCCUUAGCGACCAUCGGGGAGAAACUGUGUAAUGAGCUGAGUCAGUGUUUAAACCAACAUGGCUACUCUCCAUUCUCAGCUGACCGAAGGAGCACUCUGAUGGGACAAAUCUCGGCUACCGUCCAGCCAGACAACAGGGUCCGCAAGCUGAUGGACGCUCGGGUUCAGAGCUACCUCCUGGCUUUCCUGGAGUCCAGUCAACAUAAGACCCCUCCUCCUCUCCCAGGAGGUCUGGUUCCAGUCGGCAGGGAGCUGAAGGAGCUUGCUGUUCAUUUCAGUCGCCUUGUCAACUUCAACAAGCUGGUCUUCUCCCCAUUCUACCAAAAGAUUCUCCACAAAAUACUGACAGGAGGGGAAAGCCCCUAAACACUCAAAGUGGAGUGAGAGUGCUGUCUGGUCUCGCCAUUUCCCCUCACUUGUAAUGGCUAAGAUUUAGAGAAAGAAGUUGAGGAAGCUGAUCUGUUUUCAGUGGAUAAAGCCAACUCUCCAGAGUGUGCACCUUAUGCCGACAUAUUCAGAACACACUGGCUACCAUCCCAGCUGCAUUAUCUCACAGUGUUGCUUAUUUGAUAAAAAUCUCAGACCAAGUCACAUUAAGUUGUGCUUAGUAUUACUAGCAGGGCUAAUACCAAAACAGUACGUAGUUUUACAAUACUCUGCAGAGUAAAAACACUUUACAGAAACUCUGGAUGCAGUACAACAUGACAAAAUUAAGAUUCUUAAUUUGUAUCUAAUUAAAGAUCAAGUUAACAAGACAAAGUCUUUUUUUGUCACUUGCCUCAGAGUAGGAAAUCAGUGCUAUUUAUUUAUUCUGUGUUUAGACGGAGAAGUAUUUUAUCAAUGUUCAUAACCUAGGACACAUUCCUUAUCUCUGCCAUAUUUAGGAGAGCUCCAGAGGUGUCUCAACCUGUCAGGCAAGACAUGCAGGCACAUUUUUUUUUUUUUUAGUUGAAGUUAGAGUUAGAAGAUCAACACCACACUGUCUCUACGUAUAAUAUAAGGCUGCAGUAGUACAAAAGUUACAAAAUCAGCCAACCUGCAGCUCUAAAUAACAUGUUAAAUCUUGUUUGUUGUUCUA